GGGGAAGCUGGGGGGGUGGUGGUUGGUAUUUAAAGGGAAAAGCUGACAGUGCUGCUGAGUGAGGGAGCCGGUGCUGCGAUCCGCCAGGCUGCACACGCACACGCACACCGAUGUACACGGACCUCGACACCGACAUGGACACGGACACAGAAACCACAGCACUCUGCCCCUCCGGCAGCCACCAGGCCUCCCCACCAGGGACGCCCACACCAGAUGCCACACUACUGAAGAAGCCAGAGAAACUGUUGGCAGGGUUGGACCGGGGCGGGCCACCCCUUGCCCCAGGGGCUCCCAGACGAAGAGGCAGUAUGCCUGUGCCCUACAAGCACCAGCUGCUGCGGGCCCAGGCUGUAGAUGAACUUGACUGGCCACCUCAAGCCUCAUCCUCUGGUUCCUCUGACUCCUUGGGCUCAGGGGAGGCAGCCCCAACCCAAAAGGAUGGCAUCUUCAAGGUCAUGCUGGUGGGGGAGAGCGGCGUGGGCAAGAGCACCCUAGCAGGCACUUUCGGUGGUCUCCAGGGAGACAGUGCUCAUGAGCCGGAAAACCCAGAGGACACCUAUGAGAGACGCAUCAUGGUGGAUAAGGAGGAAGUGACUCUAGUUGUUUAUGACAUCUGGGAACAGGGAGAUGCAGGGGGGUGGCUGCGGGACCACUGCCUUCAGAACGGGGAUGCCUUUCUCAUCGUCUUCUCAGUCACCGACCGACAAAGCUUCUCCAAAGUUCCAGAGACCCUACUUCGGCUCCGGGCUGGGAGGCCCCACCACGACCUGCCUGUCAUCCUUGUUGGAAACAAGAGCGACCUGGUCCGCUCCCGGGAGGUUUCACUGGAGGAGGGCCGCCACCUGGCAGGGACACUGAGCUGCAAGCACAUCGAGACGUCGGCCGCGCUGCACCACAACACGCGGGAGCUCUUCGAGGGCGCGGUGCGCCAGAUCCGGCUGCGGCGGGGCCGGAGCCGUGCCGGGCGCCAGCGGCCAGAGAGGGGCAGCCCCGAGGGCCCCGCGCCGCCCGCGCGCCGCGAGAGCCUCACCAAGAAGGCCAAGCGCUUCCUUGCCAACCUGGUGCCGCGCAACGCCAAGUUCUUCAAGCAGCGCUCCAGGUCGUGUCACGACCUCUCUGUGCUUUGAGCAGCGGUCGCCAUGGUCACGCGGUCGCCAUGGUCACCGCGCCUCGGCUCGCGCUCUUGCCCCGCCCCUGUCCGGCUUCCUUUGUGAAGACCGUCUAGGAAACCAAAAACUCCCAGGACGCCCUGGUAUGGCCGCGCGGGGCGGGCCCAGGCCCCGGCGGGGGAGGGGCCGGCGGAUGUCCCCCCCCCCCCAGCCCCGCCCCCGCCGUCGCGCAUUCUCUGGAUACCUCCCGCCGCAGAGCGCCUACAAGGCUAGGACGCAGACCUGCGGGGGCGCGCGGCGGCCGGUGGGCGGGGCGGGUGCCGGCGGGCCGGAAGGAAAAUAGUGCUGCAAGGUAUUUUGUUUUUUAUUAAUUCGCGCUUGACCACCUGUCCUGUAAAGAGAUCCUAAAAGCGAGAAUUGGCAAAGUGCUUUGUAGACUCCUUUACAGUUUUCCACCUUUGUACUCUGCGCGAAUAUGCCUCACCUUUAAGAGAGUCUUAAAGGUAAUGACACGAAGACGCAUCUUUGGGACUUAAAACGUUCUAGUGGUCAUCUGCUGUGCUUCUCCACUUUCCCUUUAAGGAGUUCUUAAAGGCGAGGGCCUGGAAGUGCUAUUUUCCAGCGUUAAUUCUGUGAUUUACCAUGCCAUCAUGGCACUUCCCCUUUAAGGUUAUUAAAGGUAAACUGGGGACCCAGUUCUGCCUUCAGAUGCCAGCGUGAAGACCUGAGCCGGUGGCAACCCUGCUUCGGCUAGGGCCCAGGAGGCACCAGCAAGGGGGCCACCCUUCCCUUUUCAAUAAAGAAUUUUUCUACGGCACUUGCUCACUUUGACUCUCUGUUGUCAAAGCCCCCACGGAAAGAAUGGAUGUUGAUAGAAACUGUUGCAGACGAGAAAAUUCAGGCCCAGAAGAGCAAGGAACUUAAAUCUCUAGGGAGGCUCCAGAACUGACUUAGUCCUGGCGUGGUCCCUAACAGGGGGCCACCGGCCCUUAUUGAUAAUUGAGUCCCCUUGCAGAUGAGAAAACAGUCUUGGAGAGGAGCAGGGACCUGCUAGAAGUAAUUUAGUAACUUAGUGACACAGAGGGAGGGACGAAGUCUCCAGUCUCUAGGCCCCAUCUCCUUACCCCACCUUAUCUUGCAAGGAGCCAGCUGGAGGCUACAUUUAGGGCCCGGAGCUAUACUCAGCUAUGACCUGGGCUGGUUGAGGGUUUGGCCCCCAUCCACCAGGGAGGCUCAUCAGCUGGAGCAUAAUGGGGCCGGUCUGCACCUCCCCUGACAGGGCCCCAUCACCCCAGCUGUCACCUGUAAAGCCCGUGUGAGAACUGAAGCUGUCAGUGCCUCCCCUGGGGACGCCCACGCCUGCUGCUGCCGGAGCCACGAGUUUGAACAAAGGGAGCAGAGGCAGCAGCUCCACUCAUCCCUAGACAUACAUUACAGCUACCUGAGGGCCAGGCCUCCACUCCACCCCAUGCAGGUCCCCCAGAACUUGAUGGAAAGAGGAUGAGAUGUCUCCUGAGUCCUUGCAGCUGCGGAGGAGCCAAAAGGGACCAGCUCAGCACAAGUGGUUAUAAGAUGAUAAUAUGAAUAAUGACACUAUCCUUAGGACUUUAUUCACUUUGUCCGUUAAUUCUUUAAUGACAUAAGGUUUUACUACCUCUUUUACUGUGGAAGAAACAGAGAGUUUAAGCAACUUGCCUGAGGUCAAUAAGGAACAGAGAUGGGAUUCCACUCAUGUCUGCCUGAUACUUAAUGGUGACUUUAUCCAGCUUUGCAUCUGAGGUUCCCCUUCCGGUAAGGAUGGGGGGAAGAUGAAGGACAGUAGAAGAAAUGCAGACAACAUGAUGGGCGGGGUCAUGGGCAGUGGCUGUGGUGAAAGGGCCAGAGAAAUUACAUGGCUCUAGGGGAAUAAGCCAGCUCUGAACUCUGGGGAUCAUGAACAGAGGCAGUUCAAAUUUUAAAAUGCAGGAAAAAACACUGGUCCCAUUAAGGGACCAGAUGGUUCUACAGUUGGGUUGAAGCCUCAGGGACAUGAAGAGGCGGGGUAAGAGAAGGUUUGGAGCCCUACUGCAAAGGACAAGGCAAAGGAGUUUGUAACCAACUCUGUAGGCAGUGAGAGUCACUGAAGGUCUCUGAGUGUGGAAGUGACAUGACCAGGAUGGUCCUCUGGGAAGAGGAAGCGGGAGAGGUGUGCACAGAUCAGAUUGGAGUAGCAGAGGCAAGGCCUGUGGAGCUGAGCUUAGGGACCAAUCACAGUAAGGCAUAUGGGACAGCCUGCAAGAAACAGCAGUGGGAAAGGAGGGGCCAAUGGGAAAGGAGCGGUGGCAUGGGUUUGAGAGUCAGAAUUGAUGGGACUUGGCAACUGAGAGGCUGGGUAUAAAGAAAGGAAGGAGUCACGGGUGGUGGGAGGAUGGAGAGGAACUAGGAGUUAGGGGGCGGAGGAAGUAAGGGGUAAAUGGCUCCAUUUUGGAGACUGAGUUCGAGAUGCUAGAAGAAUAUCCACAUGGAAUUUCAGCAGCUCCCUGGACAGCUGGGUCUGAAAUUCAGAACAAGUGAGGGCAAGAGACGGCUAUGAGAAUAAUCACCAUAAAGAGAAGCUGGAGGGAAGGAUGAGAUGCAGGGCUGGCUUCAUGGGUGCAGUCACAGAGGGUCCCAUGGUUAGUUUAAUGCUCUCACUGUCUUGAAAUUGUUUGAAAAAGGAGUGCUGCAUUUUGAUUUUGCACAGGGACCCACAAAUUAUGCUGAGGAAGCUAUAAAGGGAGAAGGUGCAAUACAGGCUGGGAGCCUCAACCUCAAACCACACAUGGGUUUAGAGGUCUGUGAUUCCUGUGAAAUGGUACAAUCUGAUGAGUUAGUGCAGUCAUGCAUUUGUCCGAGAAGAGGGUUCAUGGAUUCUAUCAGAUUUCCAAAGGGGUCUGACCCAUUAAAUUACAAACCAGGAUGGUACUGAUUGGUGCUGGGAAGGAGAACUGGGUGGGUGGAGGGCAGGGGUGGGAAGUUUACUUUUCAUUGUAUUCCCUUUUUCUAACUCUUGAAUUUUUAACUAUGGCAUACCUUACCUGUUCAAAAACUAAAUAAAAUAAUUUAAAAC